CAUCUAAUCACCACUGCCCCUAUGGCUGCCACAUACGAGGACCUGGGCAGCGCUCGCAUGCUCUCGUCCUCAGUCUCAUCCUUGUCCACCUCUCGGCAGCAUUCCCAGCAGAUCGCAAAAGCCUACCGACAGGCUGCACAACUGUUCCUCACGCGCCGCCUGCCCGAGGCCCUAUCCACCAUCGAGCCCACCAUUUCACCACCAGCACAGGAUGACCACAAGGAAUCAUACAAUGGCGAUCUCUCCGGCUACGCCCCCAUUGCUACCGCGUCGCGGGGCACCCGGGUCAAGGUCUGGAGCUUUUACCUCACAUUGUUAAAUUCCGUCGUCGAACUGGGCGCCGAGGAAGGGAAGAAUGCCUUUGGAAGCACGAGGUGGAAACAAUUGGUCUCCAAGUGUCGCGACGGCAGUGUCUGGGAUGACGUGGCUCGUGACGGAUAUGCUGGCGUCGAGGGCGAUGUUGAUGCCGAGGUCGUGGUCAAUCUAGCUACACUGCUUCUCACACAUUCGCCGUCACAAAGGCUUAACCAGCAAAAGCUCGAGACAUAUCUCUCUGCCUCGGCAAAUCCAACCUUUGAUGUCUCGGCCCACAUGUCCUCGUCUGCAUACCUGCAGCGCCGACAAAGCCAGCACAACACUGGAACAGAUACCCCUCGCGACCUUAACACUCGUCUAAAGCUGUUGGAACUCUACACUCUCCAUGUGUUGCCGAGGAAUGAUGAAUGGGACUAUGCGCGGGAGUUCAUCUCAAUGUCUGAAGUGCUGGACGACGAGCGCAAGGAAGCAUUCCUGCUAGCCUUGCACUCUCUGAAGGAAGAGAAGGAAGAUGCCGACAAGCGAGAGGAACGGCUGCGCCAGCAGCAGCAGGAGCAGAUGGAACGACACAGGAAAGAGACCGAGGCCCGCAGGUUAGAGCAAUCCCGUGCCGAGGACGAACGACGGAAAAGGGAAGAAGAGAACAGACGUCAACCAAGGGGAUCGGACGAGGUGUUCCGGAAAGUGCCCGCCUCUCGAACCGCCGCGCCGCCAUCCGCCUCGUCGUCACGUACAUCAAAGCCUGCGAAGAAAACAGUCAGCCCUCCACCCAACUUAUAUCAUCGUGCUUCUAUUGUAUUCGCUUCCAUCCAGGCGCUGAUUACAAACACGGCCCAGUCGAUGACGGCGAACCCAAUGGCCAUGUUUCGUACUCUUCUUUUUCUUUUAGCGUUUGCUUUGGCGUUUGGACGACGAGAUUUACGGGAACGUAUCUUGCGAAUAAUCAGAAUGGCGUGGGAGAAGGUGCGCCGAACUGUCGGAAUGGGCGUCAAAGUGUCUUACAUUUAA